AUGGAUGAACCUAAUUGGAGCCCUUAUCCCCCUUGUCAGUCUUCCCUGUGUGCAAGUGUCAUGUGCUGCAGUUUUCAUCACAAGUACAGGGUGACAUGGCCUGAGCUGGUUGGUGCUGAACCACAAAAGGCAAAGGCUGUCAUUGAACAUGACAAUCCCUAUGUAUCAGCCGUUAUUCUGCACCGAGGGGAGGCAACACUCGACGAUUUCUGCUGCAAUCGGGUUUGGGUCAAGCUUGACGCAAACAAUCGUGUCUUUAUUGUUCCUCAAGUUGGUUAA